UUGGUGCUCGCGCGCGCGUGUGUCAGCUUUCCGAUCACAUUUCGAUGAAGACGCGCCGAGCUUUUUCGCUUUACGUUCAUAAAAAUAUGGAAAAAAAUCGAAAGAUGUUCAUUUAUAAAAGCAAUGAUUGGGAUUCAAAUUGACGAGAAACUUGCAUCGGAACGUUGGCAGCGUUUCGUCCCGUUUCGAAGUCGCUGACAUUGACAACCAACAUUGUCGAAACGGUCGUUGUUACGAAAACGUAGUUCCCACGAUGAUUUUUCAACUGUGGUAGAUUCUCGAUUUCAAAUGGGCCGGAAGGAUGGAACGAGUGUUUACGAGCGAUGUGACGUGUCGAUAAGAGAAAACUAAGGACGAAAUAAAUGCGUCAAUAUCGCAAACAUAAAAAGUUGCAGCGAAACAUUGAAACCAAUCGGAAACGAACUAACGCCGAUCGAACAUAAACUUUUCCGUGAUAAAAUCAUCGACAACUGCGGAUAUGGCGGAUACGAAUUCCCGAUCAACGCAACAUGAUAACGAUCGGGUUUGCGUUCAGAAAAGUUACCAUCAUUAACGGGGCGCCGGAACUCCCGAAUAUCGGAAGAGGCACGGCGGCACGAGAGAAAACAGCCGACGCAUGUAGCACUCCGGCGCCAGUACGAUGAGGCCAUCCAUGAAAAUGGGGUUAAUUGGGCUGAUAGGAAUAAUUCUCUUCUUUUAUCAAUAUCAUCUUUCGAGCGGCGUGAGACUCGAUCAAGUGGCGGACCUUAAUACCGCCGAAAGUCAGGCCGCCUAUGGACCGGGCACUUUACAAUCAAACGAUCGCCUCGAAUAUUACGUCGCUCCAAAAAUCACUGAAGAUACUAUAAAAUUAGCCGUAAACACCGUCCAGAAAACGAAUGGCCUGAGCCCAGAAGUGGGUAAUCAUCUGAUCCGGGAGCUCGUUUACCAAUUCAACAAAAUUUUCAACGCAGUCUCGAAAAAUGGACUCGUCAACGAGGAAUCGAAAAACCAACGUACGUCGACGCACCAUUUGAAUUCGAUUUCGCCGGAUAAUAAGCUCAAGAACAGCAAGAAAAAAGCUCUCGAACCAUUGUACAUAAUAACACCGACGUUUCGAAGACCCGAACAAAUACCUGAACUAACAAGAAUGGCUCACACCCUCAUGCUUGUUGAAAAUGUUCAUUGGCUCGUGAUCGAAGAUGCGAAAAUUUUGACGCCCCAAGUGACUCAGCUCUUGAAUCGUACCGGUCUCGUUUUCGAGCAUCUCGUUGCGCCCAUGCCCGAAAAGUAUAAGCAAAAAAAAGGAGCCAAGCCACGUGGAGUUUCCAACAGAAAUCGUGGCCUCGAAUGGAUCCGGGCAAAUGCGACGAGCGGCGUUCUUUACUUCGCCGAUGACGACAACACCUAUGACAUCGACCUGUUUAAGGAGAUAAGGCGAACUAAAAAAGUAUCGAUGUUCCCGGUGGGUCUGUGCACAAAAUUUGGAGUGAGUUCACCGAUCGUGAAGAAUGGAAAAUUUGCGGGUUUUUACGACGGGUGGAUAGCUGGUAGGAAGUUCCCAGUGGACAUGGCGGGCUUCGCAGUGAACGUUGAAUUCCUGUUGAAAAGACGAAACGCGACGAUGCCUUAUCGAGCUGGCUUUGAAGAGGAUGGUUUUCUCAAGAGUCUCGCGCCCCUUGAGCCUAGCGAGAUCGAGUUAUUGGCUGACAAUUGCACGAGAAUACUAGCUUGGCAUACGCAAACGAAGAGAAACGAGCCAAGUGCGCCUCUCGACAUGAAAUUGCAUCAUUCAACUAAUUUAGUUCUUCUCAAGCAACAAAUGGUAUAAUAAUGAAUGAAAAUUAUCGAAAACUUGGAGCGUGAAAUGAAGAAAUGAAGAAAAUGAGGAGAGCAAAUGAGGUGAAGAACGAAUUUAUUAAGGUCGAAGCGAGCACGAUUUUAUAAACACGGUUUGCGACGUUCAGUUUCGUUGAAGAUAAGACAAUUUUUAUUCUGCAACGAACGAUGUGAUUCAGUGCCUAUUACGGAAACAAUCUCUAUCUCUUUUCAUAUUUUUCCCUUUACUCUCCCUCUCUCUCUCUCUCUCUCUCUCUCUAUCUCUUUCUUUCCUGAUUCGUUAAUCUGAAGAAUUAAUUUUCACAAUUUUAUGAAACAAAAGCAAAAGAAAACUAAGGAGCUUUAGACUCGUUUGGAAAGAUGAGUGAAUUUUUCAGAGUUUUUUCAAGUAUAGAUAAAUAAUGAAAAUAGAGCCUACAGCAAGAGACUAGGAAAUUUACACUAAUUGCAUUUCAUCUCGCAAUAUUGUCCGGCCUCGAUUUAAUCUUCGAACGACCGUGACCAUGUAUAAUCCCCGCAUUUCCAUAAAGACAACGUUUCUAUUUUUUUUUCUUUCCUGUGCGAAUAUGCGAUAAGUGACGAAUUUUAGACUCACAGCUUUUUGGUUGUUUUACAUUCUCAUUGAGCUCAAAAGCCGGUUCUUCUUUGAACGAAGAAAAUUGAAUGAUUUAGAGUUCAAUUUCUCUCGUUUCGUUGUUCAUUCUUUGCUUUGUUUUCAUUCGUUGAAAUUUUUCCUCAUAAAGGAGACGAUGCAACUAUAUUUUUAUAGCGAUUGAUUCGUCUACAAAACUUGACACUUAGUCGUGAUAAAAUCAAGUACAGGAAUUUUCUGUUUCUUUUUUUCUCAGCUUUUCCGAUAUCGUCGACAAUCUUUUUUUCUUUCAUUAUUAUGACGCGUUUUUAAAGGUUUCACUAUUAUCUUCAUGAAUCGUUUGAAAUAUAAUUUUUCUAGAAAUCGUCAGUGAUUCUAAAACUAUACAGUAAUUUGAAAGUUAUUCCCCAAAGUUCCAAACUCAUUUCUUCCGAGGGAAUGCUCCUAAAACGAUUACAAAAAUACGUUUUUAAGCAAAGAAAAUAGCAUGUUAUACGAGUUGAAAAAAAAAAAUACACGGCACGAUCAAGUACUUUUGCGGUUCCAAUUCCAAAUGUUUGAAAAAUAUGCUCUGCGCUACGAAUACUGAAUCCUAUUGGUUGUUGCGUCUCGAUGGCACGCGAACAAAAACAAAAAAUAUUCAACGUUGUACGAUACAAGUGUAAAGCAAUAUUACGAUUAAUCCUAUUGUGAUUGAGUAGAAGAAAGGAGAUUCGAAAGAACGGGAGAAUCGUCGAAAAUUUAGUUAAGAUUUUUAGCUGAUUGCAUUAAUUCAAUCACGAUUCUAUGCGAAAAAAUGCGACAUUGUAUUUCUCUUCGCCCUUUACGUCAUGAUGAUUGCGUGUAAAAUAGGCAUUUUGAAGGUGAUUAGGGGGCCUUGGAUUACCCUUAGAAAAUUGCCCGGGUUCGCCAAAAAGUUUAUUUCUAAUUGACUGAACGGAUUUACUUGCAACAAGGACCAGUUGAAAAAGAAAAAUCGAACAUCUGUCAGAACGGUUUAAAAAAAUGUUAUGACGUCAUAAAUCGGCAUAUUUGCGUACAUGAGAGUGCGGCAGGGCUCACGCUGGCUUUUCCUUUACACGCUCGUUUUCCCUGAAUGCUUGAGAUCAAGCCGCUGUCGUAUCUCUUGAAAAAAUAUCGAUCUUGGUUGCCCUGAAACCUCGAUUUUCAUUUAUACUCGACGGGUUCAGAGGAAGCAAUGGCGACUUUGGGACAAAUAUGAGAAAAAAAAUUUCACGGUUCUUUGGGACUCUUGUAAAAUUUGUGCUGAUAAUUAAACAAAUUCGAUGGCGUUUCAUAUUUGUCAGUGAAAAGCUCGCUACUUUCACAAAUAGAUAGUAACGCCCAAUGCAUUCGAGAAUGUAUGAAAUUCGAACGGAUUUAGUGAAGAUCGUGACUCGGCGAUUACGCAAUUUAAAAAAUUUUUUCAACCGAGAAGGCUUGAGAUGAAUUUUUUUCCCUUGUAAAUAUUGUGGUUUUCACGGUGAAAGAUAAGGUAUCGAUGCGCUUAUUAAAAAAUGAUGAAAAUUUGAACGGAGCUCUAAGGAGAUAGCCGAAGAAGGAAAAAAUCAGGAAUUUAGUAAAUUUUCCUGGAUUUUUGUGACCACGAAUCGCUUAUUAGGGUUACGAGAAAACGUACUGAAGCUACGUAUAACUAAUGUUGGAGAGAUACCAAAAAUAACUAGAUUUAAGGCGCGAAGACAAGCCCUUGGUGAGAGAACAAUUCAAAGAAUCAUGUAUUAUAUUUGUAUAAUACGUAUAAAUGAAACGAGUGAUGAAAACACGCUACUUAUUCUUAUAAAGUUACUCGAUAACAAUAAUAAUAAUAUUAAUAAUAAUAAUAAUAAUAAUAGAAACUGAAGAGAGUGAUUGUGAAACCGAAGACUUUUCUCCCUUUUUAAAAUGUGAAAUUAAGGAAAAAACAUGAUAUUAGCAACGUAAGAUCUCGCUUAGUGAUAUUAAAUAAAAUACACGUUAUAGAGUCACAAAAAACAA